AGCCGUUGACCAGUUAAAGAGGGAGACCAGAAAGCAUCGCGGAGAGGAUUCGCCGAGACGCCGUUGAACGUUUUGCCUUCUUCGGGGAUUGCAGAACCCACGAGAAACUGAGCUUUCGUUGGAACUGAAAAGUCUCAUUAGAUUCUUAUUUUUUGUUCUUUUUUUUAAAGUCGUUUCACGUAAAGUUUACUUGCGGAUUCAGGCCGGCUAGCAAAGUGCUAACCUACGGAUGGUGGUGGUGAUGCUUGCGGCCGAAGACCCAUCUGCGGACGGGCCUUUAGCCUCCACGCCACGAAGAGGUAUGGAUAGCGUGGACAAAGCAAAUACUGCCACCAAGAAGCUUAUUCAAGCCCGUCUUCCUUUCAAACGUCUUAACACAGAAACCAAGCAAACCAGGGAGACCAAAAGAACCAGACCAGGGUCUUCUGGUCCACCUACUCAUGAGCUCAGUGCUUCUGAUAGGGAGAAUGAAGUAGACGCGACCUCCCUCCUCCUGCCAUCUAGAUCUGGUUUGAUAAAUGGCCGCGGACCCCUCGAUGGUUUUAUGAAACGGGCCAAGUGUCCUCCGGUAAGCACCAUUCCUCCUAUGAUUGACCUAACAGAGGACUCUAAUUCCACUGAUGCUGCCAAACAGCCUCCUGCUCUUGGAGAUGCCUCGUGCCCCCUUAUGGGCGAUGCCACAAAAUCUACCCAGGCUGCCGCGCAGGCGAAAGAAGCCGAAACGUCUCCCAUCAUCCUCUCACCAUCAGAAGUGAGUAAGGAAAUGGCCAAGGCAGAGGAUAGCAUCGCUCUCCUGCAGAUGGACAACACUCUAGAUUCUGAACCUGAGACUGAACAGCAGCAGGAGACUGACAUGAGUCAGGAAAAUGGAUCAUUGGUCUCCCCCAUGUCUACCAGUUCUGCGUCAUUGGUCGAGAGCUCGCCAGAGCCCGUCAAGAGCACACCGACCACACCUGUCUCAGUACCAGGGACGGACGCAGAGCAGAAAAAGGUGAAAAGACGGUCAUUCAAGAGUCCCCAGGAGGUGGGAGAGAGGCAGCGGCAACGGGAGGAGAAGGAACGACAGAAGCAGGAGGCUCGAGCAGCCAAGGAGAAGCAGAGAGAGGAGGCCCGCAGGCUGAAGGAGGACAUGAAGCGGGAGCGGAAGGAGAAGAGAGAUAAAGAGGAGCAGGAGAGGCGGGAGAGGAAAGAAAAGGAUUGUAAAGAGAAGGCAGAGAGACUGCGGGCAAAAGAAGAGCAGCGCAAAGUGAAGAUACAGGCUAAACUUGAAGAGAAGAGAAAGAAAGAAGAAGAAAAACGGUUGAAAGAAGAGAAAGAGCGAAUCAAAGCUGAGAAAGCUGAGAUUACCCGAUUCCUGCAGAAAUCCAAGACUCAGUUAGCACCAAAGACCCUGGCGUCUGUCUGUGGGAAGUUCGCACCCUUUGAGAUCAAAGAACACAUGAUGCUGGCUCCUCUGAACCGAGUGCUGUGUGCAGACGUGCUUCUGGAGGCGCUGGAUCGGCACCUGGCUGAACCAGAUAGCACUCUGGACGGUCUAAGGGACUGGACGGCACACAAGCCCCGCAAGUCAGGCGCAACCAAACCAAGACGCAGGGACUCCACGAGGGACUGUAUAGUGGUUACUGAUGGUCCAAAACCAGAUGAAGUUCCUUACCGCAAACGCUAUGGACGCAUGAAGCUUCUGCAGUUUCACGAAAACUAUCGUCCUGCAUACUGGGGCACCUGGAGCAAAAAGACUACGUCCAUCUCUCCUCGCUGCCCAUUCCGACAGGACAAGGACCUGCUGGACUAUGAGGUGGACAGUGAUGAGGAAUGGGAGGAGGAAGAGCCAGGAGAGUCUCUGUCCCACAGUGAGGGGGAUGAAGACGAUGAAGGAGGGGAUGAUGAUGACGAAGAUGAUGGAUUCUUUGUACCACACGGCUAUCUGUCAGAUGGGGAAGGAGCACUUGAAGAUGAGGAGGGCGGAGAUCCUGAGAAACAGAAGGUGCGACAGCGUCUGAAGGCUCGAGAGUGGGAUGAGCUGAUGGCUGAAAGGAAGCUGAAUGUGCUGGUGCCGGUGGUGGUGGGCUGUGCGUGGCAGGGAGAGGAACCUCCACCAGACCUGUUGCUGCAAUAUGCAGUAUGCAUGCUGGAGCCCCUCCCUGGGGAGGAGCCUAGCACACCCGAGGAAGAAGCAUCAAGUCAACAGAGAAAAGAGCAGUUGCUGUCUCAGCUGCUGCCUUUACUCCAUGGGAAUGUGAACAGCAGUAAGGUCAUCAUCACAGAGUUCCAGGAGUUCUAUCGUCAGCGGUCACCCUCGCUGAACAGCAGCCCUCAGGGCUCUGACACUGUCCCUCCCCGGAUUCACGUGAAGCGAAUCAUAAAGGAGAACGCGGUGUACGAAAAGCGCUCGGCCUACAGGCGCUGCUGCUGGUACGUGCGUGCUGAUGUGCUAGCGCGCUUCAGCCAGGAGGCCCUGCCCGUACCCUGCAGGUGGACCUACCUCACUCCUGGGGCCAGUGUCGCCCGUGACGAGCCCACAGGACAGCUGCCAUGCUCACAGGGCACCUCGCCCACCACACCACAAUCUGCCUCCACUACACCCUCCAACAAGAGGAAGAGCGUCAGAAACCACUCCAUCACCAAGUACAUGAAGAGAUGUGGUGACGCUGAACAGGCUGAGGCGAUGGAAACUGACGGUUUUCAAGCAGACACUGAGGAUGAUGAUGAUGACUGCCUUAUUUUGAGUGAACAACCUGGACCUUUCAAACAAGAUGGCUCAACCCCCCCAACAGAAGCCAAGAGUACAGUGCCAAUGGAUGCAAACACUUGUGAUGCUGCUCUUACCGUCCCCUGCCUCACACCAGCUACAGCCUGAAACCCAACACUCCUGUUCGGUGUGUGCCGGGAGCGGGGGAGGUUAAAGAUUGUAGUCGAGAGUCACAGAUAAUACACAGUAUUAAAGGCCCCUCAAAUGAGCGGUUAUGCCAUUAAAAUGUUAAAUUAAGCUUUAGAUGGUCCAUUGUAAUGUGAGCAGUGGACAGUUUUAAGCUCUAACGAGGCUCUUUUGAAGAGGCAGCUGUGAUGUAAAUUCUUGGUCCCACUGAUGACUGGUGGUAAGGCUUCUGAACAGACCUGAAGAUUCUUCAGGUAUACAGUGGUGAAGGGUUUAAACAAGUCUUUAAAUAUCACAACCCUGUCUGACCAAGAGUAGUAGCUGUCUGCUGGACUUCUAGCUAGUUCACUUUCAGCCUUUUAAAAAGUACAUUUUAAAAAGAAAAAAAAGAAAAGAAAAAAUAUACAUACAUACA